AAACAAACAUUGAAACAACAACAAUUUAAUUUAAAAGAAUGAGUGGAGGACUUGUGCCAAGUAAAAGUACAGUAUACGUAUCAAAUCUCCCGUUUGAUUUGAAAAACAAUGACAUCCAUCAACUAUUCGAGAAACACGGCAAAAUAGUAAAGGUAACGGUGCUGAAAGACAACAACCGCAAAAGCAAAGGGGUCGCUUUUAUCCUGUACCUGAACCCGGAAGACGCUAAAAAAUGCGUCGCAGAAACUGACUCUAAGGAGAUGUAUGGCAGAACCCUAAAGGCCAGCAUAGCCAAGGAUAAUGGGCGUAGUUCGGAAUUCAUUAGGAGAAAAGAGUAUCCGGACAAAACCAGAUGCUACGAGUGUGGUGAGUACGGCCACAUGAGCUACAAUUGCUGCAACAAUUUACUUGGUGAACGGAAACCACCGCCGAAAAAAGUGCGCAAAAGGAAAAAGAAGAUUGUUGAUGAAGAGGCACAAAUAUUAGACUCGGACAGUGAAGAUAAGAUUGUAGACGACUGUGAAACAUUAAGUGCAGCCAUUGCUUUGGAACAGGAGAAACAGGAAUUGGAGAAUUAUAGGUACAGAGUGGCAACAGGAAAAUAUGAAGAUGAUGAAAAAACGAAUAUUUCUUCAAAAAAAAUAAAAAAAAGUUCAUAUUUUAGUGAUGAAGAAGAAAGUGAUUAAAUAUAAAUAUAUACUGAGUGAUUAUAC